UGCGGCCUGGCAUGAGACGGCCUUCUCCCAGGUGGCUGAGGCGAUCCGCUCCUGCCCCGUCAGCGUGCAGCAGGUCCGCAUGAUAGCCCUCCAGCUGCUCCAAGAGCAACGCCAGCAGGAGCAACAACAAGAGGGGCAGCAGGGGGGGCAGCAGCAGCCCACCUCCUCCUCCCCCUCCGACCCCGCCCCGCUCCCAGACGCCUCCUCCUUCCCUCCCGAGCAGCUCCAAGAGGCCUGCCUGACCGUGUCCUCGCAGCUGCCGCAGCUGCUGCUGCAGCUGACCGUCCCACGGGUCGCUCUGCCGCCGCAGCUGCUGCAGCUGCUGGAGGAGCUGGGGGCGCAGGUGGCGGAGGCGGCGCUCGGGGCGGCGGAGCAGGAGCAGGAGCGGAGCGGGGAGGCAGCUGAGGAGGAGGAGGAGGAGGGUGGCGGAUUGGUUGUGGAUGGGAUGAUGUAUGCGCAGCAGGUGGUGUCCAUCGUGAUGCAGGCCUUCCUGGUAUCCAGCUACCCCGUGCCGCAGCACUGGUUGGACGCGGUGGCCCCGCUGAUGAGCUGGGGGCGGGCGGUGUGGGCCCCCGGCUCCUCCGCCCCGGGCGAGCUAGAGCAUCAGGUGCAGCUGCUGCUGGCUCCGGAGCAGCUGACCACCCUGAUGUACCUGGCGGGGCGGGGGGGACUACAGAU